CUUGUGAACCAUGUUUACUUUUCACCCGAUGGGCAAUGGAUAGCAAGUGCCUCAUUUGACAAGUCAGUCAAGUUAUGGAAUGGUAUCACUGGAAAAUUUGUUGCUGCAUUUCGGGAUCAUGUGGGACCUGUCUACCAGAUAAGCUGGUCUGCUGAUAGUAGGCUACUUUUAAGUGGGAGCAAAGACUCUACUUUGAAGGUUUGGGAUAUCAGGACGCAAAAGUUGAAACAAGACCUGCCCAGCCAUGCAGAUGAGUUUUUUGUUGUUGACUGGAGUCCAGAUGGUGAGAAGGUAGCAUCUGGUGGUAAGGAUAGAGUUUUGAAGUUAUGGAUGGGAUAA